GGAGCGGCAGCAGCAGACAGCGGCGCGCGGCGUCGGUAGCGGUCGGCUCUGGCGCGGCGUCUCGUCCACCCCCUCGUGAGCCUGGGGAACCUGCAGCUCAAAGCCGCCGCCAGCCACACCACCAUGUACCCCGGCAACAAGCGGAAAAAGCUCUGGCGGGAGGAGAAAGAGCGUUUGCUGAAGAUGACCUUGGAAGAAAGACGCAAAGAGUACUUAAGGGAUUAUGUUGCACUGAAAAAUAUUCCAACAUGGAUGGAAGAUUUAAAAAGUAAGAGCGAAAGUGAUGGUGAAAACACUAAAGAAGAUCUGCAAGGGAAGAAAAGUCUGAGUGAGAAAGUUUCUCUCUAUAGAGGUGACAUUACACUGCUUGAGGUUGAUGCCAUCGUUAAUGCUGCUAAUUCCAGCCUUCUUGGAGGUGGAGGAGUGGAUGGCUGUAUACACAGAGCUGCUGGGCCCUGCUUGGUUGCUGAAUGUCGUAACCUGAGUGGCUGUGAGACUGGACAAGCAAAAAUUACGUGUGGAUAUGACCUACCUGCAAAAUAUGUGAUCCAUACUGUUGGGCCGAUUGCAAGAGGCCAUCUCACCGACACUCAUAAAGAAAACUUGGCAAAUUGCUAUAAAUCCUCUCUGAAACUGGCAAAAGAAAACAACAUCAGAUCAAUUGCAUUUCCCUGUAUUUCAACAGGAAUUUAUGGUUUUCCAAAUGAGCCUGCUGCUGUCAUUGCCCUUAACACUAUUAAGGAGUGGUUAAGCAAGAAUCAUAAUGAGGUGGAUCGUAUCAUCUUCUGCGUCUUUUUGGAGGUUGACUACAAAAUUUUCAAGAAGAAAAUGGGCGAGUUUUUUCCUCUAGAUGAUGCUAAUGAAGAAGGGACUGAGCUGAGUGAAGAGACAGAAGGAUUGGAACAAAAAGGCCAGCCUCCAUGUCCCACAAAGAGCAAAGCAGAGCAGCUUGAGGCCCUGCAAGAUGAUGCUGAAGGUGGUAACCGCACAGAAGAAAAGCAAAACACUGAAGAAACCGAGGCCCGGAGCGGAGAAGCAGAUGAGAUGAAACAUUCAGCUGUACCCAGCCUGUCAUCAUCAGAAGAAGCAGAGCUGAGUGAGGAUAAAGACUCCCUGAAAGACUCCAAAGGCACACGGGAGAGUGACCCAGUGCAUCCUGUGGGAUGUGAACAAGAGCAAGCUGAAGGACAGCAGGAUGUGUCUGCAGAGGAAGAGAUGAAAACUGGGGCAGAUUCCCAAAGCUCCUGCAUGGAUAUAGGAGAGCCGUUCUUGAACCAAGAAGACACAACAGAAGUUGAGAUACCUUUGAUUCAUGGUGCAGGGGAAAAAGAAGAAGAAGGAAAAGAAGAAGAAGGAGGAGGGAUGCAAGGGAAAGAGGAAACUUCUGUGGAGCCUAUGAAAGUUGACCUCACAUGUGAAGCAGCAAACGUUUCAAGUAAGGAUGCUGAAAUGAAUAGUCAAGUUGAAAGUAUAAAUGAUCCUAUGGAAACAGAGCAGGAAGCUUAA